CCUGGCACAGCCGGGAGCUCCCGGACCGAGCGACGACCCCUGCAACCGGCCGCCUGCGGAGCUGCGGGAGCGCCCCGUCCGCCCUCCCUGGCGAUGGGCACCGGGUGGGAUGUGUGUGCGCUCCUCUCCGCGGCAUUGCUCACCGCCCAGGCUUUUCCGCAGACAAACAUAAAGAUCAGCCAAGCCAUGCCAGAGCCCGUCCACGCCUACUCCUGCCCGCUCUUCUGGACAGAGUACGAAGGCCAUUGCUACCGGUACUUCCCCAUCAACAAAACCUGGGCUGAAGCCGACCUCUAUUGCGCCGAGUUCUCCAUUGGCAUCAGAUCAGCCAAGCUGGCAUCCAUUCAUAGCUGGGAAGAAAAUGUCUUCGUGUACGACCUGGUGAACAGCCGCGUGCCUGGCAUCCCCACUGACAUCUGGACGGGGCUCAACGACCUGCGGCAGGAGGGUCACUUUGAAUGGACAGACGGCUCCUCCUACGACUAUCACUACUGGGAUGGCAGUCAGCCCGACGAUGGGAUCCACUCCAUCCCGGAGGAGGAGGACUGCGUGCAGAUCUGGUACAGGCACAGCAGCGCACUGCGCUCCUGGAACGACAAUGCCUGCAGCAGAGCCUUCCCCUUCGUAUGCAAGAUCCCCUCGCUAGCCCUGGACUGAGGCUGUCGGCACUGCCUGCGCCCCCCUCAUUUUGGGUCACCUCUCCAGCCGUGCCAGGGAAGAGCGGCCAGGACAUGGCACGGAUGGCAAAAGCCACAGAGCUGCUCAGCAUCCCCAGCUGCAAAAAUCCCUCCUGGGAAUGCUGCAGGGAUGAACCUGGUGCUUACCCUCACCAUGGGCAAAUGGCGAUGGGAGCUGUAUUAAAGAGUGAAGGAGCCUCCCCAAGCCUGAGCUUUGGGUUUUGGAUCAGCUAUUGCAGCAUAUUAGAGGAAACCCACAAUUAUAUUAAUUCACCAAACUGUUAGCAUAAAAAAACAGCCGUGCGUAGGAAAUAAUUUUGCCUGUCGAUCUGUGAAGAGUGGAGGAAAAGUGUUAUUUUCUGCUAAGUUAUGCAAAAUAUCUCUUCUGUGCAUUAUUUUUCUCUCCACUACAAUAAACGGCAAACAGCA